AUGGCGGUGGCUGCGUGCGUUUGCAUGCUUUGCAUUCUCAUUCUCCUCUUCAUUCGCCACAACAUCAAGAACGAAGUGCAUCAUCGCAUCAUUCUGUUCCAGUUCGGCAUUGCUGCUUAUGUGGAGACCACCAACUUCUUGCUGGAUGUGCUUUCAACAUUUCUCACGAACUAUGAGAACCAUCGGACGCAAACGGAGUAUGAAACAGCUCUCCUUUGCAAGGGCAUGAUGCUCAAGUUCGUGAACUCCUUCUUUGCGCUCUACUAUGUGGCUUUCUUCAAAGAGCAUCAGACGCUCUUCAGCGAGCCCAUGGAGUGCCUCAGAGAUCAGUGCUUCCUGGACAUACAAGCCCAGCUGGGAAUCUUCGUGCUGUUCCGGCUCUUUGUUUCCAACGUGUUUGAGCACUUCUUUCCGAAAAUACGUCUUUGGUUUCGGAGUUUGUCUUCGUACGACAAGAUGACUUUCGAGAAUUUCUACCAUGGCCAAGUCCUGGAGUUGGCGGAAAUGUCGGCCACGGAGCAGCAGGCAAAGAAGGAAAAGCACCGCAACUUCGAUCAGUUUGACGAGAUGCUUCUGACGCACGGUUAUGCCACACUCUUUGCAGUCACGUCUCCUUGGGUCUGCACUGCAACACUGUUGGCUGUCCUCGUGGAGAUCUGGGUUGACAUGAGAAGUCUUCUGGACAGCAGACAGCGUCCUUUCCCAACCCAGGCGAGGAACAAUGAGCCGUGGGGCACUGCCUUCGAAAUCUAUGGAGUAAUGGCAGCUCUGACAAACGUGCUGUUGUUGAUCUUCACGUCCUCGCAAUACUCUAGUUGGACGAUCACGGAGAAGAUCGUCUUCUUCGCCUUCCUGGAGCACUUGAUCUUUGGUGCAAGGUUGUUCGUUCAGAUCAUUUUCCCCCAGGUGCCGCAGGCAGUGGAGGUGUUGUCCCUGAAACAGGACAGUGUUGUCCACCGGUGUUUGGAAGGCAUCAAGGUAGAAAGCAACACAGACUUCAGCCUCUUUCGGGAAAGCCGUGUGCAGGAGGAUGUGCAGGUGUUUGGAUAUGACCUUCUUGAGACGGAUGAGGCAGAUCUGACCUUAUCAUUGAGAGACAGUGGCAAGUCCAUGUACCAGGGGGUGAUUGACGAGGUUGGCACACUACGUGUCAACAUCGGCGUGCCGGUCAGCAAGUGA